AUGGACAAUGCAUCUGUAUCAUCAAACAACAUCAAGGCACUUCAAGAAAUCCGAGACUUGCCUGUUGCACUGCUCAAACCAGCAUUUGAUGUUCUAAUACCUGCCGACCAUGCUCCAACAGCUGCUUUCUGGGCGCCGUACACUGACAAAGAGAGGAGCAUUGGAAUGCGAGCAUGCCUUUUAAUCUGGACUAUCACUGACUUCAAGUUUGUUCCUUGGGAGUUCCAACUGGAGGCUACCAUUGCAAUCAUGACUGGGAAGGACUCGCUCGUGGAUGUCAGUACAGGCUAUGGGAAGACUCUCUGCAUGAUAAUACCUUGUCUCUUGGAUCCAGAGAACUUAUCCAUGAUUUUUUCUCCUCUAAAGUGA